AUGGAGUGGUUAACCAAGUAUGAUGCUGUUAUCCAAUGUGCCAAGAGGUCAGUGAUUCUUACCAGUUCAUCAGGAGAACGGUUUGAGUUCCUAGCAACACUUCCAGCCGCAGCAGACUGUACAGUGAAUCAGUUACAAGGGAAUUCUAUUGAAGAUAUCAGAGUUGUGUGUGAAUAUCCAGAUGUCUUUCUUGAUGAUUUGCCAGGUAUGCCACCUGAACGCGACAUUGAACUCAUCAUAGAUCUUUUACUUUAUACUGCACCCAUUGCUAAGAGGCCAUAUAGAAUGUCUGUUGGUGAGUUAGAAGAACUUAAGGCGCAGUUAAAAGAGCUAUUAGAUAAGAAGUUCAUUCGUCCUAGCUCUUCACCUUGGGGAGCUCCAAUGAUCUUUGUUGAGAAGAAGGAUGGUAUGCAAAGGAUGUGUGUAGACUACAUGUCACUGAAUGAAGUCACUAUCAAGAACAAGUAUCCUUUGCCUCGUAUAGAAGAUUUGUUUGAUCAGUUGAGAGGAGCCAAGGUAUUCUCCAAGAUUGACUUGAGGUCCGGAUAUCAUCAGUUGAGGAUACGGCCAUCAGAUAUCCCCAAGACUGCCUUCACUACAAGAUAUGGACUCUAUGAGUAUACGAAGCUCAGGGAGAAUCAACUGUAUGCCAAGUUUAGCAAGUGUGAGUUCUGGUUAGAUGAGGUGUCAUUUCUUGGGCACGUUAUCACCAAUGGAGGAAUUACCGUUGAUCCAGGGAAGGGUCAGCCAGAUGCCUCAAGUGUUGUGUUGGAAUUUGAGAAACACAACCUUGGAUUUGUUGGCCAUACUGAAGGGAUCACAAUAGAAGUCGAGUCGACUCUUGAGCAAGAGAUAUGGAAGGGUCAGCUUGAGGAUGACAAGGUCAAGAAGAUCAAGGAGAUGAUAGAAAGAGGCAAGGCACCCGAUUUCACUGAGGAUGAACAGGGGACUGUGUGGUUCAGAAAGAGGAUAUGUGUGCCAGAUGUAGAUCAUCUACGAGAGAAGAUUCUGAAAGAAGCCCAUGAUUCAGCUUACUUGAUUCAUCCAGGCAGUACCAAGAUGUACCGGGAUUUGAAAGAAAGAUAUUGGUGGUAUGGCAUGAAGCGUGAUGUCACAGCUCACGUGCCCAUAUGUGAUGUGUGUCAGAGAGUCAAGGCAGAACAUCAGAGACCAGCAAGUUUGCUACAGCCAUUGAAGGUGCCAGAAUGGAAAUGA